AUGCAAGCCAGCAGCUGGGGAGCAGCCACAGCGGCUGCGUUCAGACGAGGAGAUGAAGCUUCUGCAGUGGCCCUGCUGCAGUGCCUUCUCGACACACUGCAGCAGCAGCAGCCGCAGCAGCAGCGGCAGCACCAACCGCAGCAGCAGCGGCAGCAGCAACCGCAGCAGCAACAGCAAAAGGCAAGGCUUGAAAGCUUAGGGGACUUAGUGGCCCCCAUAAAUUUUGCUGUUAGGACUCUGGAGGCCGCAGUGGUUCCCGCUGGUUUGCCAACAGCAGCAGCAGCAGCAGCAGCAGCAGAAGCAAACUGCUGCUGCUUCUGUUGCUGCUGCAGCGGUUGCUUUGCUGCUCAUUGCUGCUGCCCGCGGCCUUCCUGCUCACGCACACAUGGGGGGCCCCCAGGGGCCCCCGCUUUAGAAGAUCUGAGCGGUCGGUUUGCUGCUGCUGCUAGGCACACUGAUGCUGCAGUGUGCCUAGCAGCAGCAGCAAACCAGAGAACUCUGCAGCAACCGCUGCUGUGGCUGUCCUUAGCAGCAGCAGCACAUACACUCAACAUGCCAUCCAUGGGGCCUCUGCUGCAAUGCGCAGCGGAAGGUGCCCUGAAGCAGCAGCAGAAGCAGCAGCAGCAGCUGAGGCAGCAGCAACAGCUGCAGCAGCAACAAAAGCAUCAGCAGCAGCAGCAGCAGCAGCACUGCGCAGCAGACUCUUCAGAUGACUGGCAGUGCGCGGUUAGCUUGCAGCGCCUUUUCCUUGCUGUGCAGAGACUUGCUGCUGCUGCUGCUGCUGCUGCUGUUGCUGGGGAACAAGCGGAAUUUAAGGCCCCUGGUAGGUUCUGCUGCUGCAGCAGCACGCGGGUAGACUGCAGCAAAAAGGACGACGCCGUUGCGGCUGUUGCGGAGGGGCUGCUGCUGCUGCUGCCCGUGCUGCUGCUGCUCGUAGAAGCUGCUGCUCGUGCUGCUUCCUUUCUCCCUGCAGCUACCUGCACAGGAACUGCUCUGCUGCAGUUUUUGCUGCAGCAGCAGCAACGCCGCCCACUCUACCUCCAGCGGCAGCAGCAGCUGCAGCAGCAGCAGCAGAAAGAUAUAGAUAUAGAGCUGCUGCGCUGCGGGUUAAGUGCCCGCCGCACGGCGCUUCAUCUUUUGCUGCAGCUCCUGGGGGCUGCUGCUGCUGCAGAAAGUCAAGGCAAGCGGCAGCAGCAGCAGCAGCAGCACCUGUUGCUGCAGCGUCACAAACGAGGGGAGUUUGUUGCAGCAGCUAACUGCAACGGCAGCCUUUGCUGCUGCUCUUUUGCUGCGGCGCAACAGCUGCUGCUGCUGCUGCUCAAGCUCGCUGCCGCUACAGCCUUAACCAGCGCUCAGCGACAGCAGCCGCAGCACCAACUGCAGCAGCAGCAGCAGCAGCAACAGGAACAACAAAUCGCUACCAACGGAAUCCUGUGGGGUGCCCCUCUUCUAACAGAAGUUGCGGCCCUCUCCCGCCGCUUCUGCAGCACCCUGAGAGCAGCAGCAGCAGGUGACCAACCAACAGCAGCAGCAGCUGCAGCUGCAGCUGCUGCUGCUGCAGUGCAGAACCAAGAGAGAGACACUAUUUUGCUGCAGCCGCCUUUUGGCUCCAAGGAGGCCCCUGUGAGGGGCCUCCCGUGGGGGCCCUUCUCCUGGCGCAGCAGAUUGCUGCAGCAGCAGCAGCAGCAGCAGCAGCAGCAGCAGACACAGCAACUGCUAGAAAGCCUAGUGGAGGCGUUUUGCUCUGAGCCUUUUGCUCCACCGUGUCACCAGAACUUGCAGCAGCAGCAGCAACAACAACGACAACAACAGCUACAGCAAGAACAGCAGCAACUACAGCAGCAGCAGCAGCAGCAGCAAGAUGUAACACUUUGCUGUCCCUACUGCAGGCCAAUCUUGGCAGCAGCUACUCUAUACUUUUGCUGCAGCACAAUAACCGCACUGCCUCAAUUGGGGCUGAGAGGGGGACAAAAGCCACCAGCAGCACCAGCAGCAGCAGCUGCUGCUGCUGCAGCAGCAUGGCUGCCUUUAACCUUUCUUAGGGGCCCCAAAGGGCCCCCUGAGGCCCCAAGGGCCCCCCUGCUGCUCUCGAGGAUUCUUGAGGCGCUGCCAGUGCUCGACUGCUGUGCAGCAAACCCCAGCAGUAGCAGCAGCAGCAGCAGCAGGACCAGCAGCAGGACCAGCAGCAGGGUGUGGGGCCAUGCUGUGGGGCUGUGGGCAUUCGCUAUUCGUACUGCUGCUGCUGGGGCCCUUCAGCUGCUAAGCCCCAAAGAGAGGCAGCAAAUAGUGGAGGCUUUUGCUGCAGGAGUUGCAGACUGGCUGCUGCUGCCGCCGCUGCAUGCGCUUAACUGCGUCACCACGCAGCAGCAGCAGCAGCAGGAACAGCAGCAGCAGCAGCAGCAGAUGUUGCUGCUGCCGUAUGAUGCACAGUACAAGCAAAUGUGGGCCCUUUGGGAGCAGCAAAGAAAACCACAGCACUCAGGUACACCUUUAGCCGCAGCAGCAGCAGCAGCAGCAGCAACAGCUGCUGCUGCUGCUGCUACUCGCGCGUGCCGUCUUAUGCGCUUGUCCCCCCUUACACCUUUGCUAGGCCUUGCAGCCCGGCAGGUGGGGCUUGCUGCAGCAGCAGAGUUGUCUGCUGCUGCAGCAGGUGCUGCAGCAGCAGCAACUGCUGCUGAAGCGCGAGGGCUGCAGAAACAGGACAUUAGCAGCAGCAGCAGCAGCAGCAGCAGCACCAUAUGCAAUCGGCUGUACUGGUUUGGCUUCUGCCUACAUGCAGCGUGGAUUCAGAAGGAGGCUGUGUCUGCUGCCGUUGCUGCAGCAGCUGCUGCUGCUUCUGCACGUGCUGCUGCUGCUUCUGGUACUCCUGCCGCAGCAAAAGCUGCUGCUGCUGCUGUCAGGGAAGCAAAGUUGCUGCUGCGGCUUUGCGCCAUAUUUGCUGCUGCUUCUCUUCGCUCCUGUCUCCUUUCCGUUCAAAUGUCUCUUCCGUCUGCUCCGCAGCAGCAGCAGCAGGGACAGCAGCAGCAGCAAGAACAGCGGCAACAGAAGCAGCAGCUGCAGCAGCAGCAACUGCAGCAGCUGCAGCAGCAGCAACUGCAGCAGCUGCAGCUGCAGGACCGAUGGGGGUGUGUCAUUGGCGCUGCUGUGUACGUACACCUGGCAGUGCCCGCGGAAGCAGCAGCAGAAGCAGCAGCGCUGCUGCCGACUUUGCUGCUGCUGGCAGCAGAUGCUGCUGCUUCUGUCUCUUUCUUAAAGAAGAUCCUGCGGAGCUUUGCUGCAGCGUCUGUGACCGGCACGUGCAUGCACCAUGCUGCCUCAGCUAGCAGCAGCAGCAACAGCAGCAGCAUCAGCAACAGCAGCAGCAACAGCAGCAGUGACAGCAGCAACAGCAGCAACAGCAGCAACAGCAGCAGUGUUGCAGUUAUGGAAGCACACUUGCUGAAGAGCGGCUGCCCUGUUGGGACCUACCCGGACCGAGCAGCAGCAGCAGCAGUAGCAGCAGCACCUCCUGCUGUUGUUGUUGCUGCUGCUGCUGCAAGAACGGCAGCAGCAGCAGAGGCUGCAAUAUGCCGCUUAGUGCUGCUGCUGCAAGCCCUGGCGACUGCUCCGCAGCCGCUACUGCUGCUGCUGCCACAAGCAGCAGCACAGCUGCAGCUGCUGCUGCUGCUGGCGCGGGCUCUUUACUUAGCAGCAUUACCAACCGCAGCAGAAGCGUUUGCUGCAGCGGCUCAUUGCUGCUGCUGCUGCUGCUGCAGACAUUGCCGUGCUGCCGUGGAGGCCGUGGGGGGCCCCUUAGCAGCACCAUUGCUGGCAAGCAGCAGCAGCAGCAGCAGCAGCAGCAGCAGCAGCAGCAGCAGCAUGAGCUCCUUCUGCUGUCAGCUGCGUUUUGUAUUCAACGAAGCAAAUAAUUGGAGUCCCUUGUUGCAGUGGGCCCCCGACAAACACCACAGACACCGAGCAGCAGCAACAGCAGCAGCAGCAACAGCAACAGCAACAGCAGCAGCAGCAGCAGGGGAUGCAGGGACAGAUGAUAGGGGCAGGAGCUGUAGUGAGGUAGUAACAGCCAAAGAGAGACAGCAGCAGCAGCAGCAGCAGAGGUGGCAGCAAUUGCAGCAAAGUCUCUGCAACUUUGCUGCUUCCCUGCUGCUGCAGUGCUGCUUCGUUGGCGGGACCCACGGCAUUGCUUUGACAGCGCGGCUGCUGCCCGGCGUUUUAACAGCAGCAGCAGCAGCACCUGCUGCUGCUGCUCAGGGAGAGAAGAUCGGGGCCCCUUAUGAGCUGCUGCGGGAAUUUGCCCGGCGCUCGCAGCUGCUGGGAGUCCCUUCGCCGCUGCUGCCGCAGCAGCAGCAGCAGCAGCAGCAGAAGCAAGGGCAGGAGCUGCAGCGCCUGCUGUGGACUGCUUUGCUGCAGCAAGUAGAGACAGAGGCAGCAGCAGCAGCAGCAGCGGCAACAGUAGCAGCAAGACGGAGAGGCUGCACUCAAGAAGUCCUUGCUGCUGUGCAACGCAGGCAGCAGCAGCAGGCUAUAGACUCAGUCAACUUCCUUGCUGCUCCGCUUCCAGUUCGCCGCUUUUGCUGCUGCAGUUGCUGCUGUUUAUGCUGCUGCUGA